UGUCAAAGGCCAAUUUUACUUUGUGUUAAGCUUCAGUGUUAUAAGAAUAACAUUAGUUAUUCCACUUCUGAUUUUCAUCCUCUUUAUUUCUCUACAGUUGGAUUAUCAGUAAAUAUUCUAUCAAAUAUUUGUACAAUCUGGCACAAAAAUGAUGUCCCCAAAAGAUGUCCUGAGAAAAAACCUGAAGAUGGUCCAUGGCUAUCCUAUGAUCCAUGCUUUUGUAAACAACUGGGAAAGGAUUGAACAAUUCCAUAGCAGGCCAGAUGACAUCGUGAUAGUCACUUACCCCAAAUCAGGUACCACUUGGGUUAGUGAAAUUGUGGAUAUGGUUAUAAAUGAUGGAGAUGUUGAAAAAUGUAAGAGAGAUUUUAUAACUGCUAAAGUUCCAAUGUUGGAAAUGGCUGCUCCUGGACUAAGAACUUCAGGCAUAGACCAAUUAGAGAAGAAUCCAUCACCUCGGAUUGUGAAGACGCAUCUACCAAUUGAUCUCCUUCCUAAGUCUUUCUGGGACAACAACUGCAAGAUGAUUUAUCUGGCUCGAAAUGCCAAGGAUGUUGCAGUCUCAUAUUACCAUUUUGACUUAAUGAAUAAUUUGGAACCUCUUCCUGGCACCUGGGAAGAAUAUCUGGAGAGAUUUAUGACUGGAAAUGUGGCCUAUGGUUCCUGGUUUAAUCAUGUAAAAAGCUGGUGGAAGAAAAAGGAAAACCACCCAGUACUUUUCCUGUACUAUGAAGAUAUGAAAGAGAAUCCAAAGCAGGAAAUCAAGAAGAUUGCUAAAUUUCUAGAGAAGAAUCUGAAUGAUGAGAUCUUGGAUAAGAUCAACCAUCACACCUCAUUUGAAAUGAUGAAAGACAACCCUUUGGUGAAUUAUACGCAUUUGCCAAAUAUAGUGAUGGAUCAAAGCAAAUCUCCUUUUAUGCGCAAAGGGAUUGCAGGUGACUGGAAGAAUCACUUCACGGUGGCCCAAAAUGAAAAAUUUGAUGCCAUUUAUGAGAAAGAAAUGUCUGGAACUACACUUCAGUUCCGCACAGAGAUUUAAAGAGCUGAAACUGCAAAUCUGAAGAAAGACCCGACUUUUAAUAUGUUGAAAUGGGCACUUAUGACUUGACUUGGGGAAUCCAAUGGAUUUAUAAAGGAGAAAAUGUGCUUUAAAACUA